AUGCUGCUGGGGCCCCCCCCCAGGGGGGCCCCCCAGAAGGCCAAAGGGGUCUCAGAAGAAGAACCCAUUUUGGCUGUGUUGCCGCGGAGCGUGGGGGCCCCCUGGGGGGCCCCCUGGGGGCCCCCGGGGGGCCCCCACCAACCCCAGGACUCCCCCCAGGAGAAGCUGCAGCAGCUCAUUGCCAACUCCCUCGCGCAGACCCAAGCAGCGCAGCAGCAGCAGCUGCUGCUGCAGCAGCUGCUGCUGCAGCAGCAGCAGGAGGACCUCCUCGGCGACGCAGAGCAGCAGCUCGAAGGGGCCCCCUGGGGCCCCCCCAACCAGGGGGCCCCCGGGGCCCCACAGGGCCCCCUGGGGGCCCCUGAGGGGGCCCCCCUGCAGCUCGAAAAGGGUACUGGAGAGCAGCAAACUGAGAAGCUUCAGGGGGGCCCCCCUGGUGUCCCGCUCGAGGCCGAAGGUGCCAACAGCAGCAAUGCAUCUGCAGCAGCAGCAGCAGCAGCAGCAGAAGGUGCUGCAGCAGUAAUGAUGGCAGCAACGGAGAGGGAGAGGGAUGAUGCAGCAGCAGCAGCAGCAGCAGCAGCAGCAGCAGGUGCCGAUGCAACUGCAGCAGCAGAAGUCGAAACUGAUGGCGCAGCAGCAGAAACAGCAGCAGCAGCAGCAGCAGCAGAAAUGGCGGAAGUCGAUGGCAAAGCAGCAGCAGCAGCAGCAGCAAAAGAAGCCAGUGCAGCAGCAGCAAAAAGACACACCGCAGCUACAGUGUCAAAAAAACAAAGUGCAGCAGCAGCAGCAGCAGCAGCAGCAGCAGCAGCAGAAGAUAGAGCAGCAGAAAAAGAUGAAUCAAAAGACAAGGAGAAGUCAGCAGCAGCAUACAAAAGUGCAGCAGCUGCAGCAGCAGCAACAGCAGCAGCUGACAAAAGUGCAGCGGCGCCAGUAGCAGCAAAAUGGAUCGCAGCAGCAGCAGCAGCAGCAAAGGAACGUAAAGAAGCAGCAGCAGCAAAUGAGAGUGCAGCAGCAGCCGCGGAGAAAGAUGGCGCAGCAGCAGAAAGCUUAGCUGCAGCAAACGACAAAGCCACCACUGCAGCGUCAAAAGGCUCCACUGCAGCAGCAGCAGCAGCAGCAGCAGCAGCAGCAGCAGCAGAUAGCAGCUCGUCAGAAGACAGCAGCACAACAACAGAUGAAAGCUCUUCAGAAGAAGACACUACAACAACAACUGAAGACAGCACAUCUUCAGAAGAAAGUGCAGCAGCAGCAGCAGCAGCAGCAGCAGCAGCAGAACUCAGUGCAGCAGCAGCAAAUACUAGUGCAGCAGCAGCAGAUAAUAAUGCAUCGGAAGAGAUAGUAUUUCGUUCAGCAGCACCGCGGAAACCAGCAGCAGCAGCAAAGGGGGGUAAAGCAGCAGCAGCAGCAGCAGCAGCACGACACAAUGCAAGAGCAGCAGCACAAGACAAUGCAGCAGCAGCAGCUGCUGCUGCAAGAGAAGAUAAUGCAGCAGCCACAGAGGCUACAGCAGCACCAUUAGGAGGUGAUGCAGCAGCAGCAGCAGCAGAAAACAGGAAAGCAGCAGCAGAGUCAGAAGGCAGCGCAGCAGCAGCAGCAGCUGCUGCUGCUGCUGCUGCUGCUGCUGCUGCAAAAGAUCGUGCAGCAGCAGCCGAAGAGAGUGCAGCAGCAGAAGACAGUGCAGCAGCAGAAGACAGUGCAGCAGCAGCAGAAGACAGUGCAGCAGCAGCAGAAGACAGUGCAGCAGCAGCAGAAGACAGUGCAGCAGCAGAAGACAGUGCAGCAGCAGAAGACAGUGCAGCAGCAGCAGAUGAAGACAGUGCAGCAGCAGCAGAUGACAGCGAAGACAGCGCGUCGCUGCAGGCUGAGACAGAUGAGGCUUUUGCUGCAGCAGCAGCAGCAGCAGCAGCAGCAGAUGUCGAGCCCGCUGUGGCUUCUGCUGCAGCAGCAGCAUGGGACCUUAGGAGGACAGCUGCUGCUGCUAGGCGCGCAGAAGAAGCAGCAAAAGCAGCAAGAAUUGCUGCAGCAGCAGCAAGGGGCAUCUCGCUGCGGCCAGCCCCCGAGUCAGCAGCAGACACAAGCGAGGGGCCCCUCAGAAAGUGGGAAGACUCAGAUUCUCUUUCAGAAGAAACAACAGAGUCUGAAGAGGGACUUUCUGGGGACUUUGUACCCUUGGGGGGCCCCCCAGGGGGCCCCCGGGGGACCCCCUGGGGGGCCCCCCAGCGGGCCUCGCUGGAGGCCUCGCUGCGGGCAGUGGGGGGCCCCCUGCGGGGCGCGAGGGGCCCCCUGGGGGCGGGGGGGGCCCCCCUGGGGGCCCCCCUGGGGGGCCCCCUGGAAGGGCCCCUGGGGGGCCCCCUGGGGGGCCCCCGAGGGGGCCCCCUGGGGGCCCCCCCAAGCUCUCCAGAAGAGCCAGGGCCCCCCAGCCUCUCGUGGGGCCCCUCUAGUGAGCUCGGAGAAGAGCCCGAAGAGGGUACUAAACAGUUUGGGGGCCCCCACUGGGAUAUAGGGUUGGGGGGCCCCCCGGGGGCCCUCGAUGCUUCAGAGACUGAGGGGGCCCCCUCUCCUGUUUUUUUCCUCAAAGAGUCUGAAGAAGAAGAGGGGGCCUCUGCUGCUAAUGAAGAAGAAGAAGAUAUCUUUUGGGGCAGCAGCGAGGGGGCCCCCUGGGGGCCCCUGAGCGGGCUGGGGGCCCCCCCCGAGGAGGGCCCCCAAGAGGGUUUGGACCCCGCGGGGGGGCCCCCAGCAGCAGCAGGCCUCGCCAGCAGCAGCAGGUACUCGCAGCAGCAGCAGCAAGGGCAGGAGCCGCAGCAGCAGCAGCAGCAGCAGCAGCAGCAGGGGCGCGAGCCAGGGCAGCAGGGAAAGCCGCAGGAGGGUCAGGGGGGCCCCCCGAGGGGGGCCCCCAAGACCCCCGGGGGCCCCCCUAGAGGGGGCCCCCGAGAAGACAGGGGCCCCCAAGAAGCCUAUGGGAUUUCAGCUGGAGCAGCAGCCGCCGCAGCAGCAGCAGCAACAGCAGCAGCAGCAGAGCAGCAGCAGCAACAGCAGCAGCAGCAGCAACAGCAGCAGCAGCAGCAGCAGCAGUGCAGUUUCAGUUCUUUGUUUGGGCCGGCGGGCCACCAGGGCCAACGCCCAUAA